GCGGGGCGAUGGCGGCGCAGGACGUGCUGGGCCAGACCGCCCGGCUGGCCUCGUCCAGCGCCCUGCUGCAGGUUCUGUUCCGGGUGCUCACCUUCGGGCUGAACGCCUUCACCCUCCGCUACCUGUCCCGGGAGCUCAUCGGCGUGGUCAAUGUCAGGCUGACUCUGCUGUACUCCACAGUUGUCUUCCUCGCCAGGGAGGCGUUUCGCAGAGCUUGUUUGAGUGGGAGUGCCAAGAGAAACUGGACCAAAACAAUUAAUCUCUUGUGGCUGACAGUCCCCCUUGGUGUCUUUUGGUCUCUUAUCUUGGGCUUAGUCUGGCUACACUUGCUUGAAGUACCUGACCCUUCUGUGGUUCCUCACUAUCAGGCUGGUGUAGUGGCAUUUGGUCUUUCUGCCAUUAUUGAACUCCUGGGAGAGCCACUCUGGGUUUUAGCACAAGCUCAUUUGUUUGUGAGACUUAAGGUAAUUGCUGAAAGCCUUUCAGUAGUGUCAAAAUGCAUUUUGACAGUUACUUUAGUAAUCCUUUAUCCUCAAUGGGGCCUUUACAUUUUUUCCUUGGCUCAGCUUUUAUAUGUCAGUGUUCUGGUAAUGUGCUAUGUAAUUUAUUUUGUGAUGUUUCUGGGAUCUCCUGAAGCCACAAAGAAGUCAUUUCCAGUUUCUAGAGUGAAAGCUCUAUUACCUAGCUUUGUGGAGGAUGAGACCUUUGUGAACUGGAAGGAAGCACGCCUGACUUGGAGUUUCUUCAAACAAUCCUUCUUGAAACAGAUUUUGACAGAGGGUGAACGAUAUGUGAUGACUUUUUUGAACGUGUUAAAUUUUGGAGAUCAGGGUGUCUAUGAUAUUGUGAAUAACCUUGGCUCACUGGUGGCCAGGUUUAUCUUUUUGCCAAUUGAGGAAAGCUUUUAUGUAUUUUUUGCUAAAGUGUUGGAAAGAGGGAAGACUGUAAAGGAUCAGAAGCAGGAUGAUGUUGCUAUGGCUGCAAAUGUAUUGGAAUUGCUGCUGAAACUUGUGCUCCUGAUUGGCCUCACCAUCACCGUUUUUGGCUAUGCCUAUUCUCAGCUGGCUCUGGAUAUUUAUGGAGGCUCAAUGCUCAGUUCUGGAACAGGUCCAGAUCUCCUGCGGUGUUACUCGUUGUACGUCCUGUUUCUUGCUGUCAAUGGGGUAACAGAAUGUUUUACAUUUGCCUUAAUGUGCAAAGAGGAAGUGGACAGGUACAAUUUUGUUAUGCUGGCCUUGUCUUUCAUAUUUCUGUGCAUCUCUUAUUUCCUGACCCACUGGUACGGCAGUGUGGGCUUUAUCCUUGCUAACUGCUUCAACAUGGGCAUCAGAAUAGCUCACAGCACCCACUACAUCCAUCACUACUUCAGAGAGAGCUCCCACAGACCCCUCUCAGGCCUGCUGCCCUCCCCAGCUCUGCUGCUGGUUUACACCCUCAGUGCUGGGGUCACUGCUUUCUCAGAGGUGUGGUUCUGCUGUGACAAGGGCUGGAUGGCCAGGCUGAUCCACAUCAGCACAGGUGCCCUGUGCCUUGCAGCCACCCUGGUGACGAUGUUCUGCACAGAGACCAAGCUCGUCCACUUUGUCAGGAGCCAGUUCCUCUCCCGCUAUCUGAAGAAAGGAACAUGACCUGCUCCUGUGCAGAACAGUUCUUGUAUGUGCUUGGAGUAAAGGGCUGUGGUUUUUUUCCACAAGAUCUGUAUGGAAAAAAGGUUUCCACAUGUAUUUGGAAGCAUUGAUAAGGGAGUGGCAAUGUUGACACCUGCCGCAUGAAUAUUAUUUUGUCUUCUGAACUGGUCAGUACAGCAAAAGAGAAGUGAAUCAUUUUCUCUUUAUGCAUCAUUCUUGUCUAAGCUUUUCUUCAAGCAGCCUCUGAAGAUCUCAGCUGACCCCCUGACAACCUGGUUGACAGACUGUGUGUAGAGGGCUCCCCAUCCUGC